AUGGCGACCGCUACUAGCCGCCAUGGAUCCCCAACCAGGCGCCAUGGCAGUGGCAAGCAGGUCACCUUUGAGCUGAUCCUCCCCGAGUCUCCUCAAAAGCGAGCUCGACUUCCGAUGCGGGUCUUUAUCUUCCCUCAUGACACCACUGACUCGAUCAUUUCCACCACCAAAAAUUUCUACGGCCUGUAUGAGCCGAAGGGCGUCAGCUUUGAGGAUCGGCAGGCCAACACCCUCAUCGCUGCCUAUGACAACUUCGAACAUGGGAUGACGGUCUACGUCAGGAUCAUGGAUGAGGAUGACACCCAGGAUGAAGCCAAUCCGGCCUCGCCCAAACGGCCCAGACUUGAGCCUCCGAUCCAGAUGCUGCCUCCACAGCUGCAAGGCCAUCCCAUCCCGCGACCAUCAUCCAGGUCUGCGAGGAGCACCACCUCCAAUGGGACGAACCCGAAAUCACGCUCGCGACCGCCGAUGCGAUCUCGCGGGUCGGGUUCGCAGGGUCCUGGUGAACAUCCUGACAUGGUCGAGUACAGCGACAGCGAUGGCGGUAACGGCUCCGUCACCAGCUCCCGCAGGGGGAGAAGCGAACAAGUUGCCAGCGCCGAGAUCAGCGUUGAGAACAUCGUCGAAGGUGGCAGGCGGAAGAUCCCUAAAUUCGACAGCUCGGAACUUCCCCUCUUCGUCCCAUCUCAAGUCCCGAUGGCGCCAUCCGCUUCAUCACUUUCUCCUCAACGUCGGAUCGAAGGCAAUAUGGCCAGCCCUUACCAGUCCGCUCAUCAAGCAACGUUCGCUUGGGGCCAUCCGCUCCCAUCACCGCAGAGCUACGGUCCAUCGGAUCGAGCAUACAUACAAGUACGGCCAAUUCAGGCGAACGGACAACACAAUGGCACAUACGCGAGGAAUCUUCGGCAGCGCCCGCAGGUCCAGUACGCCCCCGGUCGUCAACAUAACGGUCACGGCGGCGUGCUGGCCACGCCCGACCCCACCGUCGGCGGUAGCGUCAUCUCCGAUGAAGACGUCGCUCUCCAAUUGAUGCGACUCGGAGAGUAUUCCUCGCACGGUCGCACGUCUACCUCGACCCUUGACGAUGCUCAGAGCGGCAAGGCCGUGGUAUCCUCCGAUGACGAGAGCAUGGACGGCUCCGACAACGAACACAUGGGCGUCGGCUACAACAGUGCUGGGAGCAGCGUCGAGUACUCCGCCGAUGAAGGCGUCGCACCGAACGCCUACGUCAAACCCAAGGGCAAACCGCGCUCCUCUCGGCCUUCCAAGCCGCGCUCCACCCGUCCUUCAAUCAGCCACAACGGCCCACCCGUCCCCAAAGCGAAACACCACCGCCACUCCACCUCCGCCGCUCCGCCCAUAUCCCCCCCCGUGGCCCCCGGCCCCGACCAGCUUGCUGCGCCGCCGACCCACCCCGCGCAACCCCUCGGACCCGACGAGGAGGACCUAAGCAGCAAACCGCGCUGCCAGCGCUGCCGGAAGAGCAAGAAAGGAUGCGACCGCCAGCGCCCGUGCGGCCGCUGCAAGGACGCGGGCAUCGGCAUCGAGGGGUGCCUGUCGGAGGACGAGGGCAACGGCCGCAGGGGGAGAUACGGACGCCAUAUGGGAGUGCCGGUCAAAAAGGGGAGUGUGGAGGAUCUGGACACGGCGAGUCGAGAACUUCCUGCUGUUGCGGGUGCGACAGUUGCGGCUGGCCCCAUGAUCGAGGCCGUGGCGAUGUCGGUCAUGACGGUGGAUGGCUUCGGAGGCGCGGGGAAGAAGCGGAAGAGGUAG